AUGGUGAAUUAUAUUAUUGUACCAAACAAAGGCAUAAAUAAAUGUUCAAAAGUGAAUUCACAUUUACAUCAACAUUUUGAAGUUUGUAUACCAAUACCAUUUAAUUCAACAGCAUUUGUUUCGAAUAAUAAUCGUAUAUCAAUAAAUGUCAUUGGAUAUGUUGGUAGAGCACCUACUUCUUUUAACCUAAUUCCAGACCCGUGGAUAGAUCUUCAAGCAUCAUUGAAGACUAUUUCUGAUGUUAAUGGUAAAACACCAGCACAAUUAAUGUUUCCAAAUACAUUUGUUAAUUGUACUGGCAAAUUAAGAUAUUUCGAUGAAAAAAAAUUGUAUAUUGAUAUACCAACUACAUUUGGUUUCGGUGGUGGUCCUUGCUUUCUACAAUCGAAUUUGAAUGAAUGGGAGUUUAUUGGAAUUUUACUGGGAACAAGAAAAUUAUGGAAUUAUUGUGUAUCAUUAACUACAACAGCAACAUUUAAUUCUUAUUAUAAUUUAUUUACAAACAAACAAGAACUUUAA